GAUAGCAACCGUGGCUAUAGUGGAUGCGACUCCCCCUCACAUACCUAUAAUAAUUGAUUUAAUUGUCGGCGAAGCAAGAGUCAACAGAGGCAGGAAAGGAGAGACAGGGAAGGGGGAGCGAUCCAAGGGGGUCUAUAUAGAUGGGAAAUUAAUCAACAGAGAAAGUCAAGGCUAGCAUUAGUGACAACAACCACGAGAACUCUCGACACGCAGAGAAACUCAUUGUUUAGAAACAAUGGCUGGACUCGUUGCUGUUUUCAUCUUAGUGGUAUGCAGUACUCUUCUCACAGAGAGCGAAUCAAAGAUGAGUAAUAGAUCUGCACUGUUGCAGAAUCUUCUGGAUGAGUACGGGCCAAGCACAAUCAGACCCGUACACAACAUCUCCAAUAAGAUAACGGUAGAGUUCCGGCUUCUAAUCACCCAAGUCAUUGAACUGAAUGAAAAGCAUCAGACGAUACAGAUCAGCGGCUGGCUGAGACAGACUUGGAACGACGAGUUCCUGAUGUGGAAUCCUGACGAGUAUGGAGGAGUUCAGAGCCUAUUUGUUCACAAAUCUAGAAUAUGGCUGCCAGAUACCACACUGUACAAAAAUGUAGACAGGGACUUUGAGAGCUACAAAGACAUCUCAGCUGAAGCCAGGUACGACGGCCAAGUCACCUGGUCCUCACCAGUCAUUCUGAAAUGCACCUGCCUCAUCGACGCCCGUCUCUUCCCCUUCGACACUCAGGUCUGCGACCUGAAAUUCUCCUCAUGGGCUUUCGAUGGCUCAGCGGUCGACUUGGUCAUGUCUACGGGAGCUAAGGCCCUACAGGAUCAGUUCGCAGACACCGGCGUUUGGGAGCUAUUGAAGGUGGACGUGGUCCGUUUUGAGACGUGGUACACAUGCUGCCCACAUCCAUACCCGGAGUUGACCUACUCGUUACAUCUGAGACGGCGGCCUCUGUUCCAUGUCUUGAACAUUAUUCUCCCCUGUUUAUUGCUGUCUAUUCUGAACCUGAUGGUGUUUGGCCUACCCCCAGAGUCUGGGGAGAAGAUCCAGCUUGGAAUGACCAACUUGCUCGCUCUGGUUUUAUUCCAGCAGCUCAUCAGUGAAUCCUUACCACCAACGUCUGAAAAUUCACCAAUUAUUGGUUUUUACUUUACACCCAUGAUCGCCAUUGGCUGCACGUCCAUCGUAUGUACCGUACUCGUACUCAAUCUAUUCUAUCAUGACAACCGCCACCCCAUUCCAAGAUGGCUCCGGUGGCUCUCUUUGAAACUCGCUGUAAUACUCUUCUACCAAGUGAAACGUCAGCCAGUGGUCGUCAACGGAACCUGUAACCCAGCCUUCCGAUUGGAUAACGAAUCAACCAAUCAGGGCUUUACAGAGAGUGACUCAGGGAGGUUAACUGCAAGCUGUAGCUUCACCGACUCAUCCAGUUCCACGAACGGUGAUGGUACCGUAAGCCAGAGCGAGAACACCCCCAAUGGUGACGGCCAGAAGAACUGCAAGUCCCGCUGCCGAGCUUACAGUAUGCACAUCAUGCAGGAGGUGUAUUCGAACGGGAAUGACCCAGUACAGAUCAAGGCGAGUGGGACAGUGGCAAGGAAGGCAGCCAGAGCAAACAAGAGGAAACCAGACCCACCACGAGGGGUGAUUUUGGAAUGGAAGGAUGUAGCAUUAAUCAUUGACCGAUUCACUAUGGUGUUAUCUGUACUUAUAACAGGAACGGCAAUGGCAGUUACCAUUUACUUCUUUGCAAUGGAAAUCUAAAAAUUGAAAAAGUAAAAUCGUACUCAUACAUAACUUUAUAAUAAAUAAUGUAACUGUAUAGUAUGUAUUAUAUUUUAGUUGUACAAACCAAAUCCAUCUUCCUUAUUUUUCUUCAAUAAAUGUAUAAGCUUUUGUUUGUUUAUGCCUCUGACGGAGGUUCGGUUUUGGAUCGAAAGGUAAGGCCCUAGUAGUUAAACACCUUUUUACAUUUGGUGUAUAUACGUUAUUAUCUCAUCUUGGGAUUUAAUAUCCAUAAUUCGCAUUAUCUGUUGCAUUGUAAGCGCACAAAGAACCGCAUGUACUUUUACAAAGAACUGAGACACACCAUAGUGUGUCAAAGUAUAUAAGUUUAGGUGCUCAAAAUUUAAAGGAACACGUUGCCUUGGAUCGGACGAGUUGGUCUAUAACAAGCGUUUGUAACCGUU